UUUUUCAUAGGCAGAUAGAUUGCACCUUGGUUUAUAAGUUGACUGAAUUCUAGGUGUAUAUAUUUUAUAAAAAGAAAGUAACGGUAUUUUAUAUUAUGAGUACGCUAUACGUGACUUGGGGCACUCAGUGCCCAUACAUUUUUUCAUAUAUUUUGUAUGGAGAACAUAAAUUUUCUAACGGUUUUUGGUGGUUAUUGGGCAUUUUUAAUCAGUUUCGCGUAAAAAUUUCAAGUGAGCAGUUCAUUUUUUAGUUGUAAUAGUUAUAGUUUUUGAAAUGAGUGAGGAAUUGGCGGUUUAUUUGGCCAACCUACGCCGUGAAUUGACGGAAGAAGAGGAGGAAAAUAUUGCAAGUUAUUUCAAUGCUCAUGAAAGCGAUAAUGAUGAUGCAGGGAAAGAACCUACAUAUGGUGAUGACCACGAACCUACACCCAGUGACCAGUCUGACUUCGGAGAAGAUAAUGCUGAGCCCAUUCCAGAUCCACGUUUCGAAGAAUAUGUCCACGAGGAAGCUGCAGUAGAUAUAGAUCCUGAUGAAAGCAGACUUCAUUUCUCAACUUCGGUUAUUGAGGCCAAUCGUGGCGAAAAAUAUUGUGGUCAAGGAACGAACGACAAAACCAUAUGGUGGUCAAUGCCAAGCCAAACUGAAAAACGGCGAACAGAACAGGCUUUGGAAAUGCGCAGACAAUCGACGUCAAUAUGCACGGAAAGUUUCAAGUCAAAAAUAUAUGCCUUCAUACGCGUUUUCCCAGUGUCCCUUGUUGAAGGUAUUGCACUUGAGACAAAUAGGAAAGCUAAAAGGGUAAUUCAAGCAAAUAUGCGUCAAACAGUUCCAAAAAAAUUAAGAUAUUGGCAAGACACAAAUGCGGAUGAAAUAUACGCUUUUAUUGCAAUAAUUUUAUACUGCGGUGCUGAAAAAGCAAAUUUAGUUCAUGCUAAGGAUCUUUUUCACAAAAUGAACAUGCCCUUUUACAGAGCAGUGAUGUCAUUGCAUCGGUUUGAGCAAUUAUGCCGCUUUUUACGCUUUGACGAUUCCAGGACUCGUGCUGAGAGAUUACGGCACGAUAAGUUGGCACCUAUUCGUCAUGUAUGGACAUUAUUCUUGGCGAAUUUGACGAUACCAUUUAUCCCGUCGAAAGAAUUGACAGUUGAUGAACAGUUACUUUCAACAAGAAACCGAUGCAGUUUCCGCCAGUACAUUCCCUCCAAGCCUGGAAAUUAUGGCAUAAAAAUAUUUUGGCUUGUUGACGCAACAUCCAAUUAUCCACUUGCAGGCGAAGUAUAUUUGGGUGCACAGCCUAAUGAACAAAGGUCAACUGGAAUUGCGCGCAAUCUUGUAAUGCGACUCAGCGAUCGAUAUUUGGAUAAGGGUGUGAAUAUCACCAUGGACAACUUUUUCACAAGCUAUGACUUGGCGGAGGAAUCGCUUAUACGGAAUACUACCAUCGUGGGCACAAUAAGAGGCAAUAAGCCGCAAUUGCCAAAACUUUUUACAUCUUCUGAAGAAGCAAAGAAAAGGGGUGUGUUUGAAUCAGUGUUUUGCUUUUCAAAAUCUAUGCAAUUGGUAAGCUUUACAACACAUUCAAAGAAAAACGUGCUAUUGCUUUCAACUGCCCAUUCCAGCGAAGAUGUGAAUCCUGUAACAAAAAAACCACAACGAAAACUGCUAUGGACUUGAUAGAUUUCAAACGGGCUCCUGAAGAACCGAAAUCGCGUCCAGCAAUACAGAUAAGCACUUUGAAACGGCGGUGUGAAACAUGCAAAGCUUCUAAAACCGACAACAAAACAACAGCGGUUUGUGACCAUUGCCUUACUCCCACAUGCACCAAACACUAUAUAAGAACAUGUGAAAAGUGCUAUUUCGCAAAAUACAAUGCCGAUGCUGAUACGGACUCAGAUAUUCAUGAAGAUGAGGACAAUACUCCAACAACGUCGACACCAAAUCAAAACGCAUCAAAAAGACAGCGGAGAAUUUCACCCAUCUGAGCGGUUUAAAACUAAAACUUUAUAUGAUUUAUAUCUUUUUCUAUAAAACAACCUUUGUUUCUAACAAUAAAAACAUUUUUCAUUAAAAUAUGUGCAUCAAUAAGCGAAAUAUUGUGUUUUUUUAGAAAAAAACUUCUUAGAAAGCUUAAAUUUCCAUAUGAAAUACAUUACUGGGCACUGAGUACCCAAGUCACGAGAUUAAGUUGUAUAGCUAAG